CCCAAGCUGUCAUCUCUCUCAAUCUCUCUCUCUCUGGUUUUGGUUGGUCAGAGAGAAUCAACCUUUCAUGCCUUGGAUUCUUCCUGCAUUUCCAUUAUCAGAUUCACAGAAUUGCACUGAAUCUUUCUCUCUCCCUCUCUCUGUGUGUUUUCCUCCAAAAAUCCACUCCGAUAUCACGAUAGACGACGAGUACGGACAGAGAAACCGCCAUGGAUGAAUCCGUAUACGAAAUAAACGCACCUCUAAUAACGCAAGAUGAAACACAAGAGAAUCCAUCAACAUCGAGUUCAAAAUCCACCGAAUCAUCAGAAAAUUCACCAGUUCAACAAGUCGCACUCACCGUUCCAACAACCGACGAUCCAUCUCUUCCCGUUCUCACUUUCCGAAUGUGGAUUCUCGGAACUCUAUCCUGUAUCCUUCUAUCGUUCCUGAAUCAAUUCUUCUGGUACAGAACGGAACCGUUAACAAUAACCGCAAUCUCAGCUCAGAUCGCGGUUGUACCUUUAGGUAGAUUAAUGGCAGCAGGAAUAACAGAUCGGAUAUUCUUUAGAGGAAGUAGAUUUGAAUUCACGUUGAAUCCAGGUCCGUUUAAUGUUAAAGAACAUGUGUUGAUUACGAUAUUUGCUAACUCCGGCGCCGGAACUGUUUAUGCGAUUCACGUCGUCACGGUUGUUAAGGUGUAUUAUAAACAGCACAUCACGUUUUUUGUAUCUCUCUUGGUUGUUAUAACUACUCAGGUAUUAGGGUUUGGAUGGGCUGGUAUUUACCGACGGUAUUUGGUUGAACCGGCGGCUAUGUGGUGGCCGGCGAAUCUUGUUCAAGUCUCCUUAUUCAGAGCAUUGCACGAAACAGAAGAAAGGCCAAAAGGCGGGUUAACACGAACUCAGUUCUUCCUAAUCGCUCUCGCUUGCAGCUUCGCUUACUACGUUUUUCCCGGCUAUCUCUUUCAAAUGUUAACCUCGUUUUCUUGGGUAUGUUGGAUAUUUCCUUCCUCGGUAUUGGCCCAACAACUCGGGUCUGGUCUUUACGGUCUUGGGCUUGGAGCAUUGGGCUUUGAUUGGUCCAGUAUCUCAUCAUACCUUGGAAGCCCAUUAGCAAGCCCAUGGUUUGCCACAGCCAAUGUUGCUGCUGGCUUUGUCUUAGUAAUGUAUGUGUUAACUCCAAUAACUUAUUGGUUCAAUGUCUAUAAAGCCAAAACAUUUCCCAUAUUCUCAAAUGCCCUUUUCAAGUCUAAUGGUACCAAAUAUAACAUAUCGAGCAUAGUCGACUCCAAUUUCCACCUCAACCUUGAAUCAUACGAAGAACAAGGACCUCUUUAUUUGAGUACUUUCUUCGCAAUGACUUACGGUGUUGGAUUCGCUGCCCUCACCGCCACGAUCAUGCACGUGUUUUUGUUUCACGGAAGGGAAAUAUGGGAUCAGACUAAAGCGAGUUUGAAGGAUAAAGGAAUGGAUAUACACACGAGAUUGAUGUCACGAUAUAACCAAGUGCCGGAAUGGUGGUUUUGGGCAAUGCUUGUGGGGAAUAUUGGUGUUACAAUAUUUGCGUGCGAGUAUUACAAUGAACAACUUCAAUUACCGUGGUGGGGUGUUGUCUUAGCUUGUGCCAUUGCAUUUGUCUUCACUCUUCCUAUUGGAAUUAUCACCGCAAUCACAAAUCAGUCGCCAGGAUUGAAUAUCAUAACAGAGUACAUAAUAGGAUACAUCUACCCAGGAUAUCCAGUUGCCAACAUGUGUUUCAAAGUAUAUGGAUACAUAAGUAUGUCACAAGCAAUCACAUUUCUUCAAGAUUUUAAACUCGGUCAUUACAUGAAAAUCCCACCAAGAACUAUGUUCAUGGCACAAAUUGUGGGCACUCUCAUAGCCGGGAUAGUUUAUUUGAGCACUGCAUGGUGGUUAUUGGAAACAAUCCCAGAUAUUUGCACUUCCGAUUCUUCCAUUUGGACUUGCCCAUCCGAUACUGUCUUUUACGACGCAUCUGUCAUAUGGGGAUUGAUUGGACCGCGUCGUAUAUUUGGCGAUCUCGGCACUUAUAGUGCUAUCAAUUGGUUCUUUCUCGGCGGUGCUAUUGCUCCAGUUAUUGUAUGGCUUGCUCAUAAGGCGUAUCCGGAGAAGGAGUGGAUACGGCUAAUAAACAUGCCGGUAUUGAUCGGGGCAACGGGAAUGAUGCCUCCGGCGACGGCGGUGAAUUACACGACGUGGGUAUUGGUGGGAUUUUUAUCUGGAUUUGUGGUUUAUCGAUAUCGACCGGAGAUGUGGAGGAGGUAUAAUUAUGUGUUGUCGGGGGCUUUGGAUGCUGGUUUGGCAUUUAUGGCGGUUUUGUUGUAUUUAUCUUUGGGAUUGGAAGGUAUUGAUCUUCAAUGGUGGGGGAAUAAUCUUGAUGGUUGUCCUUUUGCCACGUGUCCUACUGCUAAAGGAGUCAACGUCCAAGGUUGUCCUGUUUCAUCUUAAUUUUAGUAGUUGAAACAAUUCAAGAACAUUGAUUUUUUUUUAUAUUUAAUGAAACCUGUGUAAAUUAUUAUUUGUUUGUUUGUGUACUAUACUCAUGAACACAUAUAUUUGUUUUCAAUUUUUCACAU